AUGUUCUUGGUGUGGAGAAUCUGCCAACCCACCCUGAUAAAUCUACUGAAAGACUUCUCUGUGCGAAAUGUUAAAUAGAUUUUUUUUUUUUGUAAUGAUCUAUUUUUCUUCUCCUCCCUUGAGUUUAGCUCAGUGGACCUUUUUCUGUCCUGACUAAAGGACUUCCUGUUCUAACCCUAUCAGAGAUCAGUCUUCUCAGUAUCGGUGUCUAUGUCCUCUGCAUCUGCUGAGCUUCUUAUCAUCGUCUUCCUUGUUGGUUCAUAGAUCUCUACCAUGUGGUUCUUACUGUUUGCUGUAUGCAGCUGUGUUCUGGUCUUCCUGCUCAUCUUCUUCCUGACAACUGGAAAGCGCUACAAAGUCUUUAGUGAGAAGUGCCUGAGGCCCCCUGAACCCCUGGUCAUCGACAACAGAAAGAGGGACGCCCGGCUAAAAAAGGGAUUCCGCUUAGACAGGGUUCCUCUUGCCCUGGAUGCUGUGGUUAUUGGCAGUGGCAUUGGAGGUUUGACUACAGCGGCCCUUCUGUCUAAAGCUGGGAAAAAGGUUUUGGUUUUGGAGCAACAUGACACAGCAGGGGGCUGCACACACACCUUCCAGAAGAAAGGCUUUGAAUUUGAUGUGGGUGUCCAUUACCUGGGACAGUUACAUGAGAAUAGCCUGCUGAAGGUUGCUUUAGACCAGAUCACAGAAGGACAGCUACGCUUUGCAAAGCUGGAACAGCACUAUGACACAGUCCUCCUGGGACAGCUGGACCAUCACAGAAAAUACUAUAUCCACUCAGGAAAAACAGAGAUGUCAGCAUGCCUCAAGAAGCAGUUUCCAGAAGAAGAGGAGGCCAUUGAGGAGUUCAUGAGGUUGAUGAAGCUGGCAUCUCGAAGAACUCCUCUCAUUGCUGUCUUGAAGAUGAUACCGUACUGGCUGGUAAAGCUCCUGACCUGGACUGGUCUAUUGAACCAAAUAUCUCCAGUUUUCUGCCUUGCAACAACCAACCAUGCAAAGAUGAUGUCUCGCCUCACACAGAACAAGGACUUGCAGGCUUUGUCUGCCUACCUGUUUUAUGGAGUCCCUCCCAAAGAAUCCAGCUUCCUCAUCAAUGCACUUCUUCUUCACCAUUACAAACGUGGCGCUUUCUAUCCAGUUGGAGGGGCCAGUGAAUUUGCUUUUCACAUAAUACCUGUGAUUCAGAAAGCAGGUGGAGAAGUUUUGGUCAGAGCAAAGGUGCAGAGUAUCCUCGUCAACAGCAAAGGGGAAGCCUGUGGUGUAUCAGUAUUAAAAGACCAAGAAAAGACAGAGAUCCAUGCCCCCGUUGUCAUUUCUGAUGCUGGAAUUUUUAACACCUUUCAGAAAUUUCUACCUCAGCAAAUACAAGACAAACCAGAGAUCCGCUCACUUUUGGGGAUGUUGAACCAUGGCAUGGGCUCCUUCUUGGUCUUUGUUGGUCUGGAUGGAACCAGAGAAGAGCUGAACCUUGUAUCUACGAACUUCUGGAUGUAUAAAGACAAUGACCUGGACUCAUUAAUGGAACAAUACUUUUCUCUCAGCAAAGAAGAGGUCUUAGGAAACAUCCCGAUGAUGUUCAUAACCUUCCCAUCUGCCAAAGACCCCAUGUCCAGCAUCAAACAGCCAGGUAAAUCCUGCAUGACCCUGCUAACCAUGGCUCGAUAUGAGUGGUUUGAGGAAUGGGAAGGGACAAAGCUUGGAAGGAGAGGCCUGGACUAUCUGAAACUGAAAAGCGGUAUGGCUGAGGAGCUGCUGGAGUGGGCACUCAGCAUUUUCCCUCAACUGCGAAACAAGGUUGUGAUGGUGGAGGCUGCCACCCCACUGACCAAUGUUCACUAUUUGGGAGCUCCAAGAGGGGAAAUGUAUGCUGCUGAACACAACGUGGACCGUUUCAAUCCGAAAGCGAUCGCUACAACUCGAGCACAGACGCCCGUACACGGCCUCUACUUAACAGGUCAGGACGUGUUCUGCAACGGCGUGGCAGGAGCCGUGCAUGGUGGACUGCUUUGUGCCUCAGCUGUCCUGAAUCAAAUCCUCUACAUUGAUCUUGUGCUUCUAAAAUUGCGGCUUAAACACAGACAAAAGAAGUAGAGCUGGUAACAAGACCACAGAGUUGAGUCGUAAAUGGCAAUCUCAGCUUUUCAAACAAGUGACUUCACAAGUUAUUUUCUUCAGAAAAAUGUUCUUCCAUAGACAGAAAUAAAGAUAAGCUGACGCUGGGCUGUCUUGUCUCUGCUUCUUAUGUAAAAUAACUGGUGCCAGCGAGGUCAGCUGACAUA